ACAAAAAAGAAAAAUAAUACCUACUAUUAUUAAAACAAAAAAGGAAAAGAUAUUCAGUGAAAAACAAACAGUCAUACCUCCUAUGACAAUAAUGAGUAUUAAAAUAUUAAAUCUUCAAGAAAACGGAAUAGUAGGGACCCCUAUACAAUUAGCAGCUAAAGGGCUAGCUAUACAACAGGGACGACCUAAUGGAGAUUACAUAUUAGCAAUGAAUAUUAUAUGGAAAAUACUUGGAGACAUAUUAACAGAAUAUGUAGAUGAAUUUAGAGAAAAACAAGAAAUGGGAACUUCCGUAAAUAAUAACAUAAUUCCUGAUAUUCAAUUUGUAUUGAAUAAAAAAGAACACGAAAUUCCUGAAAAUGAUAAAAAUCAAGGAAUAAGAAAAUAUACAGUAGAAGAAGAAAAAAUUAUUAAAGAAUUAUGUGACGAUUUAGAAAAAAAUGAUGUUAUAUAUCCUGGAUAUAGUGAAUGGGCAAGUAAUGUACAAAUAAUAACUAAGAAAGAUGGAAGAAAAGCUAUAGUAAUAGACUAUAGAAGACUAAAUAAACAUUUG